ACGGCGGCCGCGACGCGCUCAGUCCCCGAGCCGCCCCCGGCCGGCACCCGCCUCCAUUAGCAGCGGCAGCGGCGGCGGCAGCAGCGGCGGCGGUGGCGGCGGCUGCAGCAACAACCUGCCCUCGCCAUGUUGGAAGGAAGCGACGUCAGGGCCGCGGCCGCACGGCUGCGGAGCGGGAGGAAGCGGCGGCCGUGCCCCGGCCGGGCGGGCGGGCGGAGGGAGGCGGCCGGGCGGGGGGGGGGGUCGGGGCGCUUGCCUUCUGCCCGCCCCACGGGCGCGCUACAGGUGAAGUAGACCCGCGGGAGGCAGCGGGGAGAGAGGUACGGAGAUGGCUGCUGUCACCUGGGAGCUGGCUGAGGAGGACGAGGAGGAGGGGCAGGGCUUCCCUUCCGGGCCACCAGCGCUAGGAGGGGGAGGAAGGCUCCCCCGGGAAGCGCCACCUGCCCCUGAGGGGGGGGGCUCCGCCGGGGGCAGGGCAAGAGGCUCCCUCGGAGGGGAGCUGCCCGCCCUUCCUCGGCCGCGGCCGUCCCUUCCCCGGCAGCGGCCUCCCCUGACGAGAAGCCCCCCGGGGUCUGCCUCACGGGGGGGGAAGCGAGCGGAGAGCAGCUCUCCGGCGCCGAGGGAGGAAGAAGCGCGUCAGGGUGCGGUACGCGAGCGGGCUCCCCGCGCCCCUUCCCGGGGAGACGGGGAGCGCGGUGCCCGCUCCGGCGGCGGUCCCUCAGCCCCCUCUCCGCUCCGGCGGGGCGCGCAGGGCCUGGCCUCCGCCGUGCGGGAGCCGCGCUUCCCGUGAGGAGCGGCCGGCGCGGCGUCUGUAGCCGCCUGCCCUCAGCCUUGCUGCCCGCCGUGUUCUCGCUCGGGAGCCCUUUCCCUAUCGCCUUCGUCCUCUGCCUUUAAAAUACGGACAACCCGCACUUCUUUCCCGUAGUACAUGCACUAGGAGUACAGAGCAU